GUUACGCGUCCCCUCCUCCUCUCCUUAGCAAGUAGCUUUCUAAUUCCUUCCAUUAAUUCAAAUAGGAAAAGCGUGAGAGAGAAACCAGGAUCUACAGCAGCGCUGGGAAUGAGAGAUAAAGCGAUAGGCAGGGAGAUGCGUGAUUGAUGCACACAGCCAGGAUUACCGGGAAAUAACACACCGGGCAGGAAGCACAAUGCCUGCAUGUGGGACCGUGUCUCCUGCGAGCGGCACGGCAUACUGGGACUCCUAGCUGGGCAGAGCGGCGGCGGAGGCAGAGGGAAGGAGACGGGAAAGACAUUUUAGGUAUCAAAGACCUUUCCAGCUGAAAGGAAAUGGCUUUGGAAAACAAUACCCAUCGCAGUUAUUCAAUUAUACCAUGCUUCAUCUUUGUGGAGCUCGUCAUUAUGGCUGGCACUGUUCUGCUUGCGUACUACUUUGAAUGCACGGAUACCUUUCAAGUGCACAUUCAAGGCUUCUUCUGCCAAGAUGGAAAUCUAAUGAAGCCUUACCCAGGGACUGAGGAUGAAAGUUUCAUUUCCCCUCUGGUACUGUACUGCGUGCUGGCAGCAACACCAACAGCUAUUAUAUUUAUUGGUGAGGUAGCGACUUAUUUCAUAAAGUCGACAAGAGAACACCUGAUAGUUCAAGAAAAAAUGAUUUUGACAGGGGAGUGCUGUUACUUGAACCCAUUAAUCAGACGAACGAUACGAUUUAUAGGAGUUUUUGCAUUUGGGCUAUUUGCAACAGACAUUUUUGUAAAUGCUGGUCAAGUAGUAACAGGCAACCUGACUCCCUAUUUCUUGACUGUGUGUAAACCCAACUACACUGGAACAGAAUGUCUUGCUCACCAUCAGUUUAUCAACAAUGGAAACAUCUGCAAUGGUGAUCCAGAAGUGAUUGAUGAGGCCAGGAGGUCUUUUCCAUCAAAACAAGCUGCUUUAAGUAUAUACUCUGCAUUAUAUGCAACGAUGUACAUCACAAGCACAAUUAAAACAAAAAGUAGCAGACUAGCAAAACCUGUUCUUUGCCUUGGGAUUCUGUGUUCUGCAUUCCUUACCGGGCUGAACCGUGUAUCUGAGUACAGGAACCACUGUGUAGAUGUUAUUGGUGGCUUCAUUCUUGGGACUGCUGUGGCUCUGUUUUUGGGGUUGUGUGUUGUACACAACUUUAAAGGAACACAUGAAACUCCAUCUAAACCGAAACCUGAAGACACAAGAGGAAUGCCCCUAAUGGCUUUUCCCAGAGUUGAGAGUCCUCUUGAGACUUUGAGUGCACAGAAUCACUCUUCAUCUAUGACUGAAGUUACCUGAAAUGAAAAGGCAAAUAAAAAGGAACUGUUUUUUAUACUACAUUAGUGUGAGAACACCAACAAACACAGUUGCUCAUUGUUAAACUGUGACUAUCAGUAUUAUGUUAUAUCUAGUUAGAAGCUGAUGUUUUGUACAAUUUUGUUCAAGGAAGUGAUGUAGCCCUGCUAUAUUUUUCUGUUGUAGUGUCAAAAUUCAACAUCCCAUGUUUAUGCCAUAAUCAAAUUUUCUCCUGUUAUGGUAUAUGGUGCACUAAAAAAAAGAAAGAAAAAAAAUAAGAAAAAAAGAAAAACAACAUCUUUUUGAAUUGUUGAUGUUAUGUGAUCAUGUUUGUAUACAAUUUUUGUAUUAUUUUAUAUGCAUUAGACUGCAGUGUAAAUGAAAAUGCUAUAUACACCUUAAUUUUUGUUUCUUUAUCGACCAGGAGAAUUUUUUACUUGAAACGUGUACAGGAGUGAGCAUAGAAUUUCUUGUUUCUUGUGUAAUUUGCAAACGAACACAAACUUGUCAAGUUUUCUUCCAAACUGUGUCGUUUAUAUCAGUUAUAGGAAACAGCUAAUAGAUUGGUUUGUCUCAUUCACAUGGGCAUAUUUUCUCUAUGUUUAAUGCAGUUAGGGAAAAAUCUAAUUUGGCAAAAAGUGUGGUUAAACUUGUAAACUUGUGCAGUAUUUUUAACCUGCCCUGGAAAGGUACUGUACUGUACUGUACUUGAUUGCAAGAUCCAUUUGAAUGAUGUGUUAUCAUUUGUAUACAUAUAAAUAGUGGUGCAAAUAGGGAAUGAGGAGGAAUUUUUGUGUUAGACAUUAACUGUAGUAAGUAGGAGUUAAAGUUUUGGCCCCACAAAACAUCCAGAGUUGGUGUUAUACAAAUGGAACCUGUAGAUACACAACCUAUAAUGCGGUAAGUUCUGCCCCAUCCACAAGUCACACAUUUUAUAUAGAACAUUUUGGGAUAUUAUCUACUACUACCCUACACAAUUCAUUUUCAACUCCGUUAAGGCUCAAAUCAGUUCUUUUUGUCUCAUUCCCUCAAUUGUAAAGAAAGAAAAGAAAUGUGACAUGUACUAUGCAGGUAUAUAAUGACUCCUCAACCACCACCAACCCUAGAAACAUUCAAAAUCUGCUCUGUACAAUUGUAUAGUGUGCAAAUUAUAAAUGUUACUUCAAUGCUGGUUGGUCGCCAUGGGCAACUUCUCCACUGGCUCACUUCUCCACACUUUUCACUGCUUCAUGACCCCUUACUCCCUAACAAUGUAUACAAGGAAGGAACACAUGGUUUAGAUACUUUAGGCGAGAUGUAAUAGCGUCCGAGGUUGCCGGAGAUGCAGGAUGUCAGACAAUCUCGGGCAUUUGUUUAAAGCAGCAAUCAAUUACACGACAAAACCAUGCCUUGUAAAUGACUGCCGAUUUUAAAAAAAAGUCUGAGAUCAGCCGGCAUCCCACACCUUCGGCAAUCUCGGACGCUAUGACAUCUCGCCUUGUAUGUUUACAUAUGAUAAUUUUUAUUUUUAGUCUUUACAUGUUUACCUUAUCUCUCCUUAAUAACAAUAUUUUGUCAAUGUGUCCUAGACAUCUCUAAUGAGAUGAAUUACAAAAAUAAUACUAAUUAUUAGUAUUAAAGGUAGAAAAAAUAUGCCUUAUACGGAAUUAUGAGUUUCUGGAUAGUGCACAGUAUACAGUAUAUACCCACACCCUGUAAGCGGAAUCAGUCUAUAAAAGUUAAACAGUCUAUUCAUUUAAAUACAUAAGGAAUAUAGUAUGCCUGUGUUGACCAGCCUUCAUUGUAAAACCCAGCUGCUGUUAGGUGUAUGCCAUUACUGGUGUUAAAUAAUGGUUCAGAUAGAACUAUGAUAGCUGUGAAAAUAUUGUUAGUGCUUUGAUGGGAAGCAUUAACUAAAAUGAUUUACACGUACAAACAUGAGCUUGUCUCUCCUGCUGACAUUUUAAUAAAUAAAUAAAGUUUGCCAUUUGUAUACUUCUUUAAAUGAAUUUAUAUCUGUAAAAUAUAAUGCUGACAAUUCUCUCUACAUUUAAAGAGGGGAGUUUAAAGGAUAACUGGGGGUUCAUUGUAAUAUUAUUGGUUACUGUAUACUUUCAAGCAUGACUGAUAUAUAUAGGAUUGUGUGUAUUUUAAAAGUAAGCAAAGCGCGAUGACUGGAUUAAGACAUGAAAUUAAAAAAUUUUCUUGAACUUCUGAUAUAUUUCUCUUAUUUACUAGAUAACAGUUGCAAAAUAGUAAUUUAAAACAUCAUCCUUAUAAAGGGAACACUUUAUUUUCUGGGUAAAAUGCAGCUUUGUUUGGUCAGUUUUCAAUACUUCCCAAGAUAUAUCAGUUUUGUGUUUUCAAAUGUCUGUAUUUCACUCUGGUUCAAACCAGUAAGUACUUGCUGAUGUUUAUAUUUUAAACGUUUUCGAGCAAUAAACUGUUUAAUUUUAA